AACAGCCCUGACUAUCGAGUCCUCUGCCAUGACUUUCCUUAACCUAACACAGAAAAAAAAAACAAAACAAAAAAAAAGGAAAAGGAGGUGAAGGAAGGCAAAACCCAAAACCCCAGAAAAGCCUGUGCUAUCCAUUAGCGAAGCUCCGCACACAAAGAUGGCGUCAAGGCCGGAGCUGUUAGCACCACCAGAGAUCUUCUAUGAUCAAACUGAAGCUCGUAAAUACACUUCCUCUUCUCGUAUCAUCGACAUUCAGGCGAAAUUAUCUGAAAGAGCACUGGAGUUGCUUGCCUUGCCUGAUGAUGGAGUUCCUAGAUUGCUCCUUGACAUUGGUUGUGGAUCUGGGCUCAGUGGAGAGACAUUGUCUGAGAAUGGGCAUAAUUGGAUUGGUUUAGAUAUUUCCCAAGCAAUGCUGGAUGUUGCUCUGGAGCGAGAGGCUGAGGGUGAUCUUCUUCUUGCAGACAUGGGUCAGGGGCUUGGUCUUCGUCCUGGAGUUAUUGAUGGUGCAAUUAGUAUCUCUGCCGUCCAGUGGUUAUGCAACGCAGAUAAGUCCUCCCACGAGCCCCGUUUAAGACUGAAGGCAUUCUUUGGAUCAUUAUAUAGGUGCCUCGCAAGAGGGGCUAGAGCAGUACUUCAGGUUUAUCCCCAAAACGUGGCUCAGCGUGAACUUAUCCUAGGAUUUGCAAUGCGUGCUGGAUUUGCUGGUGGUGUUGUAGUUGACUAUCCCCAUAGUACAAAAAGUCGAAAAGAAUACCUCGUCCUCACUUGUGGUCCACCAUCCUUGAGUGCAGCCGUUCCUAAAGCUAAAGGUGAAGAUGGAGAGUUUUGCUCCGAUGAUGAAAGUAGUGGAGACGAAGAAAAUAAAACGGUCAGUUUAAAUAUGAGCCUGAAUACUGUGUCCUUAUUGCUUUCAUGUUCCACAACCAUUUAUAACUCUCUUUGUUUUAUUGAAUUUGCUACAUAUAUUUUAAGAGUCAUUCGAAAACAAUCUCUUUGUUAUUACAAGGGUAAGGUAAGGUUGGUACUUACGACUUUGAAAAAUAUCCUAGGUGACAGCCAAUUAUUGGCAUGAUAUAAUGAAAUGUUGUAUUCACUUGCCCCAUGAAAAUUACGUUGCUGGCGUAUAGGUUUCUGUUUCAGACAGACAUAGACCCAGAAAAAAGCAGAGGCUGGACAAGAAAACUAAAGGAAAAGAUUGGGUUAUUCGGAAAAAAGAACAGAUGAGAAGAAAGGGUGCCACAGUACCUGCAGAUACAAAAUACACAGCCCGUAAACGUAAAACUCGUUUCUAAAUUUUUAUUUUCGUAUCUCACAUUAUCGAUGCUUGUUGUGUAUUUUACGAAUCUUUUUUUUGGUAGAAAGUAUUGAGUAAAAAUUUAUGGUGAAUAGAGCAGCAAUGAAUGAAAGCUACAUUUUAUUGUAUAAUGCAUUUCUCCCUGAAAUUAUACAAUCUUUUUGAAUGGUAUGUUUCACUUGCAUA